GUACUGUUGUCCUGUUGCUACCCCCUUGCAUUUCCAGCAAAACAAAUGUUUUCAAAGCAUCGUUUUGCUUGCUUGAAGGCUACCAGUGUUGACCUAUAUAAGAUAACGCAUGGUUGUUGUUAGAGCAUGAUUUGACGCCAAUCUGUAAGCAAAGUCAUCGUACACCUUCACACCACGUUUAGUUAGUGCAGCAGUUUUGUAGCCUGCAUUCUUGCUGUCAGCAGAGGGAUAGCGACAGAAAGAUGAAUGUUGACAGAGAAAGAAAAGGUAGGACCAAGGAAGAAGAGGAAGGAGAUUUUCUGCUUGGCCCCCAGUAGCUAAAUUAAUAACAUUAUGGAUGCCUACUUAGCUCUUCGGCUUGGUCCCCAGUUAUUGGUAGCAUUACAAUAGUGGGAAAUAUUUACAUUAGUGGGUUCUGCAAAAAUAACCAAAAAAUGUGAUAACCUCCCAUCAAUGUAUUUCAUUGUUGGGUUCUACAUGCACAAAUGAUCAGUGAGCCCGGUUGUUUGGAAGGAUGGCACCCUAAACAUAUGAUAUGGCAGUAGCCUAUACACACAGGGGAUGUAAUGUUUAACUUCUGACCUUGCUUUCCUCACUCAUUUAGGUUACAUUCAUAGAUAAUUGUCAUGGAAUUGUUGACCUGCUCUAUGCUCAGGAGAGAUAUAGAACCAUUUUUCAGCUAGUGAGAAACAUCUUUCUCAGAUAUAGUCAACUGGAUUCCAAACAGAAGCAUAAUGUCUGACUAGUCACAUUCCCGCUGCAAGAUGCUGGGGUGUCACAGCUCAUCCAUCAACCUGUAGGCCUAUAAGUGGCCUACCAUCACUGGGUGUAAUGUAAAUAUGCAUUUCUAGACUCGCCUACGUGACAUAAAAAGUUUCCCCAUUACCUUUCUUACCUACACUGUGAAGCAACAACCCAUCUGAACUGGCAGCCAUUUUGCAUGGUUUAAUCCCAAAUGCUGGAGAAAAUAGAAUGUUUCUACUUUAAUGAACCACGGGGUGGCGCCAGUUAUCUGUUUACCAAUUUAGUUUGGGGUGCGUCGCGCACUGUCGAGCAUUCGACAAGCAUGUCAGUGAAGCCGAGUGAGGAGCCAAGUUCGGAGGCGGGGUGGUUCGGGGACGAUUUCGAGAAGAUUGAUCGCUUUGGGAGCAACGCGGCCCAAUUCGACGACUUGGAUGUGCAGCGAAUGAAGGACUGGGAGGACGAGACAAGUGAGCAGAAACAGUUCUCGCACCAUCCCGAGAGCAACCGGCAACCGCUCCCUGUUGUCAUGGAAACUGCAUCUACAGGCAAGUCGGACUCCUCGAAGAAGUCCAGUGACAUGGAUGACCUCUACACCUCCCUCCUGUCCAAUCAGAACUACUCCUUCCAGCAGGACUCCUCUUCCUACUUCUCAGGGAGCGGUGGUAGCGGGAAGACCACUGGCGGUGGCGGCGGAGGCCUGAUGGACGACCUGAUGUCCGGGCUGGACUCGCACACCAUGUUCAGCUCCGACUCGGGCAUCGAGAUGACCCCCGGCGACCCGAGUGACUCGUCCUCGUCCCGCAAGAUUGCAGAAUCCGACCGCAGUGGCGGCAUCGGCAGCGGGAUCACGUCUGACUACAACUACAUGGACAUCAGCCGCCCACAACAGCAGCAGAAGCAGCAGCAGCAAAGCCCUCUGGACGACGACGACGACGACGAUGAUGACGACGACGACUGGGGGAACAUGGGCAGCAGCAGCAAGUCCAAGCCCAGCGAUCUGCUCUCCGGCCUGGGAGGGCUUGGUGGGAUGGGAGCCAGUAGCGGGAGAGAUAGCAUUAGCGCUGGAGGAAACAUAGCUGGAGGCUACAUGGAGAAAGGAGGCCCAGGGGCAGGGGCCGGUGCCCUGGGAGGCCCGGAGGUGGAGACCCUGGGGCCGGCGCUGGAUGCCCAGUCCUUCCCAUACGUGGAGGAGCCGUCCGACGAGGAGCUGUCGGACUACCAGCCGUACCGCUCGCCGGGCGCCGGGAGCAGCGCCAGCCCCGUGAAGAUCACGCUGACGGAGACGCCGCCACGCUCGCCCUCCCCGUCGAUGACGCCCGGCGGGCCCCCGGCAGUGUCCGAGAGGGAGAGCAUCCUGAGCCUGGGCCUGGAGGGAGUGCCCACCGUCACCCUGUCUGAGCCAGAGGACGAUAGUCCUGGAUCCACACCACCCCUCACAGAGGAGUCUGACUCCCCUUCCGACCUCAAGUACAAAACGAGCGGCUCCAAGAGUUUCACCCCAGACAAGUCUCCGAGCCCAACCACGGCCAGACCCACUGCCCCUUCCUCUGGCUCCGCCUUCCCCCGCUCGUCCCACGACGCCGAGGGCAGCAGUGGCGGCGAGUCCGGCGACUCUGAGAUCGAGCUGGUGUCCGAGGAGCCGGCGGCCGCCGUGUCUGCCGCUGCGUCCGCUCACAGUGCGGGGUCCAGCUACAUGAGCUUCAGCAAGCCCUCGUCUGCCCCCGCCUCCAGCUCCCCCGCUGCCCCACCCCCCUCCCUGCCCUCUGCCCCUGCCCCUCCCCUCCUGGCCUCCGCAGGGCCCGGCCUCAACCAGUACAGCAUCCUGCGGGAGGAGCGCGAAGCCGAGCUGGACAGCGAGCUGGCCCUGGAGUCGUGCGGCGAGGAGAGUCCCAAGCGUGCCGGCCUCAAGGGUGCCGCUGCGCAGCGCAAGCCCGACGUCGCCCCGACGAUGCCCGUCGCCACCGUCCCUGCUGCCGCUGCCCCUGUGACACCCUCACCUCCACCGGUCACCCCCGCGUUAAGCCCCUGCCUGCCAGCGCCUGCCCGAAGGUCACACAAGGUCAAAAGUAAACCCAGCACCCCGGCUCCCAGCACCCUCUCUUUCUCCACCACCAGCAGCAGCAGCACCCCAGAGCCCAAGCAGGAGAAGCCCGCGGCCGAGGAGAAGCCUGGGGCCCGGAGGAGCCCUGGCCAGAGCCAAGGUCCAGACAGACAGGCUACCCCACCACCGCCCCUCCUCCAGGGCCUGACCAAGCAGAAGGCGAUGGAGUUGCUGUACUGGCGGGACCUGAAGCAGUCGGGGCUGCUGUUUGGCAGCGUGCUGCUGCUGCUCUUCAGCCUGACGCAGUUCAGCGUGGUCAGCGUGGUGGCCUACCUGGCCCUCGCAGCCCUCUCCGCCACCAUCAGCUUCCGCGUCUACAAGUCCGUGCUGCAGGCCGUGCAGAAGACAGACGAGGGACACCCCUUCAAGUCAUAUCUGGACAUGGAGAUCUCCCUGUCCCAGGACCAGAUGCAGAGGUAUGCUGAGAACGUGCAGUACUACCUCAACAGCAUGAUGAAGGAGCUGCGCAGGCUCUUCCUCGUACAGGACCUGGUUGAUUCACUAAAGUUUGCUGUUCUGAUGUGGCUGUUGACUUACGUGGGAGCCCUCUUCAACGGACUCACCCUGCUCAUCAUGGCUGUGGUGUCCAUGUUCUCCAUGCCUGUGGUUUAUGAGAAAUACCAGGCACAGAUUGACCAGUACCUGGGCCUAAUAAGGACUCAGGUCAACUCUGUAGUUGGGAAGAUUCAGGAGAAGAUCCCAGGGGCCAAGCGAAAGGCCGAGUAGGCCUCUAAAGUCCGCUGGAGAGGCCAGGUGCCCCCUGUCGCUCACACCCUCCCCAUUCAGGAGAAGGCUGAAUGACCGGAGGGCUCCCGUACACAAACAAACGCACGCUCACGCAGACAGAUAUAUACACAAUGCAUAUACACACACACGCACACACACACAGACGUGCAUACCUACACUCAUACAUACAUGCGCAGAUAUAAACACACCAUGCACCACAUGGUCACUGGAACAUAGUCUUAUUUCGUGUGCACUGUGGUGUUUAGAAGCUGAAGCCACGCUGUAAAAGAGAAGUCCCCACCCCUGCUGUCCGUCAUAACGAUAGUGUCAAAACAGCGCCCUCUGUUGCUCAUGUCAAGCACUAAGAUCUAGUCAGAAAAAAAUACUUUGAAAAAAAAAACGUUAACAAUGUUAAACCAUGUAAAAUGAAAUUUCAACAAAAAAAAAAGAACUAGAUGUGUUUUUUUUGUGUCGCUUUAUUAAGUGCAUGAAGUCAAGAGUCUGAACAAAAGAAAAAAAUACCUUUCUUUCUGUUCUUUUCUCAUCCUUCUUUACCUCCUUUCUUCCGCUCCAGUCCCAGCUGUGCUGAAGGCGUUUCUUAGUAGUGUGUGAAGGAUCUCUCCAGCUUUAGUGCUCUCCUGUGAUAGUCUCUUCUUCUUCAAACAAAAAAAUAAAAAAAAUAAAAAAUAAAUCAUGAAAUUGAAAAAGCUUAUUGUUGCCGGGGCAACGGGUGGGCCUUCUCUUCUAUCGAUAUUCCUGUAAACAUAUGAAUACACAGCUUGACUCUUGGACCUUUUUUUUUUUUUUUUGUGUUGUCUGGCACAAAAAAAGCGACUAUAUAUAGCAAUGUUUGGAUUAGGUAUGGUAAACUCGUAUAGCGUUUGUUCUUUUGUAUAACUCUUUAAGAAACUACACCGACUCAUGUUUUUAGGUACCGUCAUCAAAGACCACUUCUUUUAAAAAAACAAAACUGCGAGAAAGAGAGACGGGAGGAAGCUCUAGCGAGUAACGGCCAGCUUGUUGAACCUGUCCAACUUUGUACUCUGUUUCAGUGUAGUUUUUUCUUUUUUCUUUGUUUUUCUUCUUAGCCAUGGACUCUUAACUAUUUGCACUUAAGAUGUAACCAUUAAUGAAUGCGAAAAUAAAUGUUCUUAAAUGUA